GCUUUUAAGGCUGAGCUGAGAUGUUUGAAAGGUGGAACACCCUUGACCAUGAAAUAUGUUCUCCUUACGCGCCUCAGCCUUUCAUAGUUCUGUGCAUUAGAGUCAGGAAUUCCAUUCUUCCUGGAGCUAAGCGUGGGGCCAGCUGUAGUCAGCCCUCCUUUCUCCUGGGAAAGGCUGAUAGGAGUUUAAAAGGCUUGCGGUGGCCAGUUCACAAAGCGUUCCCAGAACCCGCAGCAGCGACCCUUCUCUUUUACCUCUCUGCCUGUUGGAGACCACUUAGAUAGCGAAGCGGACUGGACGGCUGGAUUCAGGAAGCCAUGAAUCAUGUCACCCGGAGCCAGCUGCAGACUUUAAACUUAGUUCAGCAUGUGGAAGCGGCAGAGAAAUGACCUGUCCAGACAAGCCGGGGCAGCUCAUAAACUGGUUUGUCUGCUCCCUGUGCGCCCCACGAGUGUGUAAACUUUGGAGUAGUCGGCGUCCCAGGACCAGACGGAACCUCCUGCUGGGCACUGCCUGUGCCAUCUACCUGGGCUUUCUGGUGAGCCAGGUGGGCAGAGGUUCCUUUCAGCAUGGGCAGACGACUGACAGGGGACCACCCAACGGCCACGACAUCUUCAAGGUACCCUUCCCGGAGAUUCCCCUGGAUGGUACCCUGGCCCCUCCAGAGUUGCAGGGCAAUGGAAGCACAUUGCAGCCCAACGUGGUGUACAUUACUCUACGCUCCAAGCGCAGCAAGCCUGCGAAUAUCCGUGGCACGGUGAAACCCAAGCGCAGGAAGAAGUAUGCGGUGGCAUCUGCAGCCUCUGAUCAGGAGGUGCUGGUUAGACCAUCCUUUAUACAGCAGGAAGUUGCACGGGCAGCAUAUGCUGAAGUACCUGGCUAUGUUCAGGGUUACCUAACCAAGGUUGGUGAACGACCCUGGAGGGUGCUGCAUGGUCCUGGAGUCAGAACUAGAGGUUCAAACUUGCUGCAGCCUAGGGCCCGAGAGAGCAACAUUAGGAUUUAUAGCGAGAGCGCCCCCUCAUGGCUGAGUAAAGAAGACAUCCGCAGAAUGCGCCUCCUGGCUGAUAGUGAGGUGGCUAGCAUCCUACCAGCGAUCUCUAAGAGUGGUACCCGCUUGCUGGUGUUGGAAGGGAGCACCUCAGGCUCUGUGCCUGGCUGCGGGCCUAGCCCCUGUGGGCUUCUCAAGCAGCCUCUGGACAUGAGUGAAGUGUUUGCCUUCCACCUGGACAGGAUCCUGGGUCUCAACAGGACCCUGCCAUCUGUGAGCAGGAAAUUAGAGUUCAUCCAAGAUGGCCGACCUCGCCCUAUCAUUCUCUGGGACUCAUCUCUAGCAUCUGCAAGCAAUGAUAGCCAUUCCUCUGUUAAGAUCACCUGGGGAACUUAUCAGCGGUUGCUAAAACAGAAGUGCUGGCUGAAUGGCCGGGUUCCCAGACCUGAGUGGGACUGCACUGAAAUCCAUCACCACGAGUGGUCCAAGAUGGCUCUCUUUGAUUUUUUGUUACAGAUUUAUAAUCGCUUGGAUACAAAUUGCUGUGGAUUCCGACCUCGAAAGGAAGAUGCCUGUAUACAGAAUGGACUGCGGUCCAACUGUGAGGACCAAACUUCUGUGACUUUAGCUCACAUUAUCCAGAGGAAGAAUGACCCAAGGCAUUUGGUCUUCAUCAACAAUAAGGGCUUCUUUGAUAGAAGUGAAGAUAACUUAAACUUCAAGCUGUUAGAAGGCAUCAGAGAGUUUCCUGAAUCUGCAGUUUCUGUUUUGAAGAGCCAACACUUAAGGCAGAGGCUCCUUCAGUCUCUGUUCCUUGAUCGGGUUUAUUGGGAAAGUCAAGGAGGCAGGCAAGGCAUUGAGAAGCUUAUCGACGUGAUAGAGCGGAGAGCCAGAAUCCUUAUCACCUACAUCAACGCACAUGGGGCUAGAGUAUUACCUAUGAAUGAAUGACAAAUGGCUUUCUGCCUUGAGGGCUAUACAUGUGUCACAUUUGGUUUUUCUUAAAUAAAAGAUAUCAACCUUAAGUGUUUCUAGGAACAAGGCAGCAUAGUUGAAUACAUGAAACUGACGCAGUUUAUAUCAUGAACUGAGUUUAAAACGUUUGUAGAGUUUAGAGGUAUACAGAUUCAAGAAGUUUCAGAAUAACAUAUUGCUUGCAGAAUGCCUGUUGAUAUAUUUUCCUAAGACUCUGGUAUGUUUGUCUCAGCAUUGUCAUUGUGUAAUGACCCAAAUGAUUAUUCCUACUGAUGUUUCAACCAUUUUCAUGUCAUUUGAUGGAACAGUAUAAACCAGAGACACUGGCUCUUCUAAUAAAUCAUUCCCAUGCCAUUUGACUGAUCUGACCAACUGCUAGAAAUGAGUUGAUUAGCAUUCUCUCAUUGCUGAUGGUUACAACAGCUUUUCCAACACUAUCCAGAGGCAAUUCUACAUCACGAAGUUGAGGCAUCUGAUCUGCAAAUACAGCAGUCUUGAAACACCUUCUAAGUAGACAUGGUAGUAGAUUCAUUACAAAUGACCAGUAUAUCUUCUAGAGUCUACGAUAAUCAGCUACCUCUGAACAACAAAAUUCUCCUAUCCUUCCCUUUUUAAGAAUUUUAUUGACAGCAUAGACAUUUCCAUAUAUGACAAUUGAUGUAUUCGAUUUGCUGUCUCAAUUUUGAUCCAACUUAUAUCUUGUGGUUAGAAAACUAAAAAGUUAUGAGGUAUGUUGCUACCUGUUUGAAAAUUUACUUGUAGAAUCCCUUAAUAUUCUUAUUGGUUGGUUGGCUUAAAAAAAAAAGUUAAGGUUUCACAUAGUCCAGGCUGGCUUUGAACUCCUUAUGCAUCAGAGGUCUUGGUCUUCUGAUGCUCUGUCUCCCAAGUGUUGGGAUUACAGACAGAAUAUGACACCAUGCCCCGUAGUGCUCAGGAUCAAACUUGGGUCUUCUGUCAUGUUAGAGAGACACUGUAUGACUAAGCCCAUAACCCCAGCCCACUUUUAAUGAAUACGUAACAAUUCGUCAUUUUAUAAAGGAUAUACUG